CUCCGGCUAGAGGUGCAGCACGGGCUGUUCUGCGCAGCAGCGACAAUGUCGUCAUCCAGGGUUGCGGCCGUGUUUGUGUCCGUCGCAUCUGCGCUGAGCCUUGCCGAUGCUUUCAACCCACUGAGGCCGCCAGCGGUGUCACUGUCGCGGUCUGCAUUGGCCAAUGAUGGCAGAUCCAGGGCCAGGAGAUCCUCGGGCGGCAGCACGGCAGCGUUUGCGACUGAGGUGGAAGUGGAGGUGACGGAGGAUGACAUCAAAGACUUCAAGAGGAAGUUCAAGGCGCAGAUGAUCGCACCCGACGGCAAGCCGUACGCGCCAUGGAUGAUGCAGCAGAUGGAGGCCGCCGGUGAGCCGACCAGCAGCGGCUGGCAGAUAGGUCGGAGCAGCCGGAUCUGAGUCAUCGGUGUGUGUGUGUGUGUUUGGCAGGUCUGACGCAGGAGGAGGCCAUCGUGGCCUUCAUCAAGAGGAACAAGAUCAAGGAGAUGAACGCACAGACCAAGAAGAUCCGGUCAGCCGCCGAAAUCAACGAGAACAUCAAACUCACACAAAUCGCAGACGACGAGGCAAGCACUGAUGCCCCAGCUGUGGUUGUCUCUGGCUGACAAGCAUAAGCCUUUCAUGUUAACUUGGCUGGCAGGUAUUGAUUGAGUGGUCCACUGAGGAGGAGAAGGACGUUGUCGGGUUCAAGAUCUUUCGAAGACCGGUAUAUACACCACACACACACAAAACAGCACAACCACCCACUUGUUACCUGUUCACCCACGAAAACAUACCUGCAGAUCGCCGGUGACGACUUCACGCUGGUCAACUCGUACGAAACUUUCGACGCCCUCAAGUCCAAGGGCGCGAUGGGGGGCGUCUAUCGCAUCAUUGAGGACGAGCUGACAUCGGGCGAGUGGGUCUACAAAGUCACAGCCAUCACAUCCCAGGGCAGAAGCGACGACGUGGCACUGGUUAGUGAGUCAGUCAAUAUUGAAGAGAGGCCGGCCUUUCAUCCAUCCACGCACGUCCGAUGAGUAUUGUCUGUCUGUCUGUUAGGGUAAUGUGCAAGUGCUGACAGCCGACGAGCGGAACAAGCAGCGUCUGCUGACGAUCGGCGUGCUGGGUGCCGCGGCCCUCAUGAUUGUGGCCUUCUUCUUUGCCGACCAGCCAAACCUCUCGUGACGCCCCGCCCGUCCGUGUGCUGUGUGUGCUGGUUGUCGAUGUGGCUGUUGGUUGAUUUGAUGUGCGACGUGCGCAUGGCGGAUGCGAUUUUUGUGUCGAUAGAUAUGUGUGUGUGUACGGUUGCGUGCGGCGUCUGUCGAGCGAGUUUUGGUUGCUUGCGGUGGUCUGUGAAUGCAGCAGCUCGUCUGGAUGCGAUGAGUUUUUCUUGCAAGCGUGUGGCCGUCAUUGUGACGACGGACGCAGCGCAACAAGACACGAGAAGACGAUCAGACGAUGAGUUGAUGAUGUUGUGCGUCAUUCAAUCAGUCUGUCGAUUGUCAGUCGGUCGAUCAUCAGCAUGGGAUCACUCACAGCACGAUGCCCGCGAGUUUGGCCAGUCCGACUCUCAGCGAUCUCGUGGCGCGAACCAGCUUGAGUUCCGUCCUGCUCAGUCUCGGGUAGCUGACCG